UUCCAUAUAUGUGUAUGUUUGGGUGUCAGAGAAGAACUAGGUGAGAGAGUGCAAAAAUGGACGAUACUGAAACCAAUGGAAGAAUCGAGGAAACUGUUCGUAGGAUUUUGCAAGAAUCAGACAUGGACGAGAUUACCGAGUCCAAGAUUCGAAAGCAGGCCUCUAACCAACUUGGCCUCGACCUAUCCCAACCCCACUUCAAAGCCUUCGUGAAACAGGUCGUCGAAGCUUUUCUCCAAGAGAAGCAACAAGAGGAAGAAGAAGAGCAACAACAACAAGAGGGAAGUUCCAAGGACAAGGAGUACGAUGAUGGUGGCGAUCUCAUCAUUUGCAAGCUAUCAGAGAAAAGAAGGGUGACGAUUCAGGAUUUCAGAGGGAAAACAUUGGUCUCUAUUCGGGAGUUCUAUAAAAAAGACGGCAAGGAACUUCCUACUUCCAAAGGAAUAAGUUUGACAGAGGAGCAGUGGUCAGCCUUUAAGAAAAAUAUGCCUGCCAUAGAAAAAGCCAUUAAGAAAAUGGAGUCACGCAGCAUAUAAGGAUGUGAGGAUGUCCAUCUGGAGAUUAAGUAUUCAUACCAUUACCUAAAUUAUCGGUCAAACCUCACUUCUCGCAGUGAUACUAAGUUGAUGUCUCAACUCUCAAGUGACGUGGCUUUGCUCUUUCUUUUUUUUUGAGGGAAUAUCCUGCAUCAUGGUGUCCUUUUGAUACUAUACCAUUUUGUUUUGGACUUGAAAUCACUGUGAAUUCUGUACUGUUUAAGAGUACUGCAACUUGGUGCGUAGAGCUAUUGUAGGAAGACUCUGGAGCAAGGCUAGAAUGAAUGCUAGUAACUUGAAACUGAACAUAAUAAUCUGGUAUUUCCUUCAA